CUUUGCUUUGAGGAGACGAAGACAAACAUCUGACUCAGGGAGUGCCAGACACGCAGAUAUGUGGGCCAUACAACAAGAGUGUAUGUUUUUUCUCCUGCCUGGUCCAGUAUAGCAUCACCACACAUCAACAAACCCCUGUGCUUGCCAACAUCCUCCCCCUGCUGCUGCACUAAUGAGCGUCUCAUCCCCUCUCACCGGCUCUCUGCCCCUCAAGAAGAGAACACAAAGGCAGGGUUCUCCCUCCGGCUAUCCACUCUCACCUGGGCAGCAGCAGCAGCAGUCCAGUUCUCCGCCUCCUCCUCCUCAGCCGGAGCACAAGUUCAAGGUUCCGGCUCCCUACAGGAACCCGAGUCGGGUCUCGGGCGUGAGGGACCGAGAGCGGGCAAGGCCGGACAGAUCGCUGAGCUCGCUGGUCACACCGACGCCUCUCUACUACCAAUUUUGGGACAAAUCAUACCUGGCCGUCCCCAGGAACCACUCCUCCGUCUCGUCCUUGGCGAGCAGUGGGCACUCUUCAGCCAUGUGGAGGGAGCGGUAUCCUGGCAACAGCCACUCAGGGGAAUGGAUGCAUGGGAGGCACAUCCAGGAAGAACUGCCCACUCCGCCUGGCGCCUCGCUUCACUUAAACUACCUCAGCAGACACCCAAGCACUGCACCCAAUAUGCAGUAUGCCUACAGAGACUCACUGCUGCUCGGCGGUCAUAGGCGACCAAAGGUCAACGAGGCUGAGUCUAUGGCGUUUCACACACACAGAGGCCUAGGCAGUGCAUCCCCAUACGAGUCCAGUGGAGUUCCUAGCUGGGACCGCUGGCUGGUGCCGCCCGUGAGGACUAAUCAUUUGCUGCAUGGGCCGGCCAGGGUCAGCUGCCACGACAGCAUCAGGAGAAGGAGGGAGAGGGAGAGGUACCUGGGGGAGGAGGAGUACUCCAAGGCCACGGUCGCCCGACGGACAGCGUCACCUGUGGAUGGAAAAGCACCACACGCCACCACAUCUGCAGGGCUGCUGUACGUGUCGGACUCAAGCCGAGCGGCGAAAGAAUAUCUGUCGUCGCAUGCUGCAGGCUUUCUCUCAGGGAAGUCAAAACGGAGACAGGAGACACCAAAGAACUCAGAAGAGCUCCCUCUGUUGGUGGGAAGUGGUAGCGCAGCAGAAGCAGAGCAGCAAAGUCAAUCCAGAAAACACCGAACUGAGGCCAAAUCCCUGUCCCCCUCCACCCCCAGUGCCUCGGUCCUCAGUCUCUGCUCUUUGCAGCACUUUGCUGUGGGCUCACUGAUCGAGCUGAGUGGGGGGCGGUGCAAGAGGGUGGAGGACCUGCAGACGGAGGACUUCCUGCUCAGCGCAGACACUUGCCCGGAGGUCCGCCUGCGCAGCUGUACCGUCAGGCACAUUGCCCCCUCCCCAAGCAGCCCCGACCUCGCACAAGUGGUCAUACUGCUGGACGACCAACAUACUCAGGAUUGUCUGGAGGUCUACGUGGGCUUUCCGUUCUUCGUCUGUGGGCGGGGCUGGGCGUCGUGCUGCCCGCAGAUGACCACUCGUCUGUGCGGCCUGGGCUGCCACCAGCUGGGUGUGGGGGACGUGUGCCUGGCGCUCAGCCCGAUUCCAGGCACCCGACUCCAGGCACCAGCCAAGGGCACCUCCUCAGGCCCCCAGGAGCUCCAGGAGCAGAGAGAGGGAGAGGGUGAGAAGAAGGAGAUGUCCUCUCAGGGUAUGGCAGAAGCGGCGGAGAAGGAACGUACCGGAAGAAAGCGGCACAGCUCUGCCCCAGAGUUAUGCACCAUGGACUGGUCAGAGCACCUCAAAAAGAGAUGAUGUAUUGCACCUAAUAAUUUCCCUCACACACCACUUCUACUCAUCAAUCUCUCUCUCUCUCUCUCUCUCUCUCUCUCUCUCAUUCUCUCUCUCCCUCUUUCCAUUGUACAUGACUGUACAUCGGAACAUCAGUCCUAACCAGCCCGUUCCUGUUUUGUGGGCAUGCUGUAAUUCCACUCAGGUUCCCUCCCUUACCACCUCACAUGCCUCUCCCUGUAUGACUGCCUCACCUCAGUCCUCCAGUGUCUGUCCCUCUGUGGCCAGUCCAGUGGACACGUGCACACCGCAACCUCUCUCAGGGGACAUUUUUAACCACCAUUACCCAGGAACGUCAUCAGUCAGGUCAAAUUUAACAACUGAUUAAAAAAAACAUCAUCCAUGGUCUAGAACUUGUGAUGUCUAUCUGAUCCUUCUGAGGCAGUUUUGUUUGUGAGUGAGACAUUAGACGUCAGCCUCGUGAUCAGAGCUGACUAAAAAUGGUGUCCAUAAAGGAGUCAUGAUACACCGGUGUUGAUUAUAACUAACUGAAAUAUUGAUCAUAUGUUUAUAAUACACAUAUGAUAAUACCAGCUCCAACACAAUCAUAGCGGGUAGUCUCCGCACACUGUUUGCCAGUGGAGUGUAAUUCAUUUGCCAAAAAAGAGACAGAACACACAGCAAAAUUUUAAGAUGAAUUUGAUUGAUAGCAUUACUAUUAUUAUUUGUAAGAUCUGUAGAUAUUGCCAUGGUAUUGUUACCAUGAAUUCUUUUGGCCAUAAUAAUUGCACAGUGGAAAUCUAAUAUCAAGACAGCCCUGCCCAGCUCAACUGUGACAACUUUGAUGAGGCAUGACAGACUUGAGAAUUUCAGUGUCACUUUGUCUUUAAAUAACUGUUGCUUUUUUGUAAUGUUUUGACUAGUUAUUGUAUAAAUAAAUGCUGUGUGAUUUUUAAGACUAUAUUAUUAUUAUGAGACAUAAGUUAUAACCUACAAGUUUGAGUGUGUGUAGGUUAAUGACUUGCAGUGUAGAUACAGAUGAACAGCCUGAUGAAUUCUGGUUCAGAUGUAGCUAUGCAUAGAAUGUUCAGAGGUUGAUCAGAAUAAGCAUAAACCAGAUUUAACACCGUAAUUUCCCAACUAUUAGCCGAGG